CACUGUAAAUGCGGCCAAUGUUUAUAAUGUUAUCCCGCCAUUGCUUUGAACUCAUAAGACAAUGAAAAAGAUGAUGAAACAUGCAAUCAAGAAAAUAUCUUCAGUUAACAUUGGCUAUACUUAAACCGCAUAUCGUUAAAUGCCCUUUUGCUCUUCAGAAAAUUCGCGAUUUAAUAAUCGACAAUGAUUUCAAAGUUGUCAGAUCACGCAGGAUGACUAUCUCUCGUGAAGAAGCUGAGCUUUUUUACAAGGAACACAGGGACAGAUUCUUUUAUAAUCGUCUCCUUUCGUUCAUAUGCAGCGGACCAUCGGACAUACAUAUUUUAGCAGCGCAUGAUGCAAUUGUCAAGUGGCGACGAUUGAUGGGUCCAACUAAAGUCUAUCAGGCACAAUAUAUCGCACAGAAUACCAUUAGAGGAAUGUUUGGAUUAUCAGAUACUAGAAACGCCACUCAUGGGUCCGAUUCAACGGAAUCUGCAAGCAGGGAGAUAACUGUGUUUUUUAAAGAUUUUAACAUAAGGAACUGGUAUGACAAUGAAGAGUUAUUUUAUUAUCUAGGAAGAUUGUAUUUUGAUCAAACAUCGUUCGUACAUACCAUUGACAAAAGCUACACGAAAAUAUGAAAAAUGGGCGAGUUAUGAAAUAAUUGGUUAGUUGUUUUCAACUCUCCUCUUUUCCUUGCUUUUUGCAUUCUG